AUGCUGUACCUCAUCGGCCUCGGCCUGGCCGACGAGACCGAUGUCACAGUCAAAGGUCUCGAAAUCGUAACAAAGGCUGACCGGGUCUACCUUGAGGCAUACACGAGCAUCCUGCUGGUGGACAAGGCCAAACUUGAGUCCUUCUACGGUCGGUCCAUCACCAUUGCGGACCGCGAAUUAGUCGAGUCCUCUUCAGACACCAUCCUCGCCAACGCCCAGCACCAGACCAUCGCCUUCCUCGUCGUUGGCGAUCCAUUCGGUGCCACUACACACACCGACCUGGUUCUCCGAGCUCGUUCGCUUGGCAUACCGUACCAACAUAUUCCCAAUGCCUCGAUACUCAAUGCGGUUGGCGCUACAGGCCUGCAACUCUACAACUUCGGCCAAACAGUCUCCAUGGUCUGGUUUACAGAUCACUGGAAGCCGACUAGCUUCUACGACAGGAUAGCGGAGAACAUGGGAAUAGGUCUGCAUACUUUGAUCUUGCUCGACAUCAAGGUCAAGGAGCAAAGUCUGGAAGACAUGGCGAGGGGACGGAAAGUAUACCAACCGGCGAGGUACAUGAGUGUGAGUGAAUGUGCGGCGCAGAUGCUGGAGACGCUGGAGAUCCUGAAGGAAGCCGAGGAGGAAGCUGAAGAGGGCAGCGGCGCAUCCUCAACGCCGAAGCAGCCCAAGCAGCCAGUCUACAGUCCCGACUCCCUUGCGAUAGGCGUCGCACGACUAGGCUCAACAGAGCAGAAAAUGCUCUGCGGCACGCUCGCAGAACUGGCGGAAAGCGAUCUCGGUCCCCCAUUGCACAGUCUCGUGUUGUUGGGCAAACGGGCGCAUGAGCUGGAGAAGGACUACAUCAAGGACUUCUGCGUGCAUGAGGAGACGUUUGAGGCGAGCUGGGCGAAGUACCAUGGUCGGUGA